CCCGCCACGACGACUGCCCCGAAUGCCCCCUCCGCAGAGAACCCCGCGCAACAACAGCGCACGACCAACAACGACGAUGACGAUGAUGAUGAUGACGACGAAUCAGAAUUUGAUGAAUUAGAUGAGGUCCUCGACGACUUCAAACCCAAACCAUCCCCCGCCCCCGCUAAACCCGAUGCCGCGCAACCGUCAGCCCCCGAUGACUUCGACGAGGAGGCCUUCCUCCGCCAACUCGAACAAGAUAUGGCGAAUAUGAUGGGUGGUAUCGGUGGCGGCGCCAGCAACGACGCCGCUGCGGCUGCGGCUGGCGCCACCGAUAGCAACGACGGCACGCUCGACAAAGACGCCGAGGCAUUCGCCAAAAUCCUCGAGCAAAGCGGCGUCUCACCCUCGGACUUCCUGAAACAGCUCGUCGGAGACGUAAUGAUGAAAGGCGACGACGAUAACAGCACUACGGCCGCCACUGCGGGCUCUUCAGCAGCACCAGCACCAGCAUCAUCAACACCAUCAACCAGCGGCGGUGGAAUCAACAACAACACCACCGCAGCACCCGAAACCUUCAACGACACCAUUCAGCGCACAAUCGAACGGAUGAAAGAAUCCGGCGACAAAGCCACGGCGGCAGCCUCGGAGGACGACAUGUCGGAUGACCUGGUAGCGCAGCUCAUCAAGGCGAUCGAGGCGGGGGCAUCGUCAGGCGAAGGUGGUGACGAGGGGGAUCUGACGAAGAUGUUCAUGGGCAUGAUGGAACAAUUGUCGAACAAAGAGAUUUUGUAUGAGCCGAUUAAGGAGCUUGAUACGAAGUUCGGGCCUUGGAUCAAGGAGAACAAGGGCAAGGGGAAGGUGUCGGAGGAGGAUAUGGCGAGGUAUGAGAGACAGGCGGGGGUGGUCAGGCAGAUUGUGAGUAAGUUUGAGGAGAAGGGGUAUUCGGAUGAGGAUCCGAAGUGUAGGGAGUAUGUGUGGGAGAAGAUGCAGGAGAUGCAAGCGGCGGGCAACCCGCCUGAUGAGCUGAUUUCUGCUCCUUGGAUGGAGGAUCUUAAGGGUCCCGGUGGUGGUGCUGGCGCGGGUGGUGUCCCUGAUUGUCCGCAGCAAUGA